UUACUCCUAUCCUUCCUAGUUCCUGAUGCUGUCCAGUCUUUCCCGUAGAGGGCAGCUCUAAUCGAGUUUUAUCGUUUCUAGCUAGUGUAGCGUCCCUCCGACUGUGGUGAAAAUGCCGAGAAGUCGGACAAGGAGUAGAAGUAGGAGUGGAGGGAGGGCUGAGAGAAGAAGCCGAGGUAGAGACAAGAAAAGAAGAAGUAAAUCGGUAACCAGCAGAAGUUCAUCUGGUUCAGACAGUAGCUCAGGAAGUUCCAGAUCCAGGAGCCGUUCCAGCUCCAGUGGGAGCAGUUCAGGGAGCUCCCGAUCGCGAUCCAGAUCCUCAAGAUCCAGCAGUAGAUCAAGCUCAGGUAGCUCCAGCGGGUCAGGGAGCGGGUCAGGGAGUGGAUCAGGGAGCAGCAGGAGCAGGAGUAGGAGCAAGAGCAAAGGAAGGAGCAGGAGCAGGAGCAUUUCCAAGGCAAAGGGAGGAAGCGGAGAUAAGGAUGGGAAAGCAGGAGCUGCGACAGAGAAGGAGACUUCCAAAAAGCCUGAUGAUAGGAAGGAGAAAGAAUCAAAGGAGAAAUCCAGACCUAAGAGAAGUAGAUCAAGAUCCAGGUCACCCCCUCGUCGCAAGCGUUCUCCUUCUCCCAAGUCCUCCAGGCUUCACGUUGGGAAGCUCACCCGUAAUGUCAACAAGGAACAUCUGAUGGAGAUCUUCUCGAUCUAUGGUGCCGUCAAGAGCAUUGACAUUCCUCCUGAUCGGGUCCAUCCACACAUGUCCCGUGGCUUCGCUUACGUUGAUUUCAUGUCUUCUAAUGAUGCUGAUAAGGCCCUUAAACACAUGGAUGGAGGUCAGAUUGAUGGUCAAGAGAUCACUGCUGCAUUCGUCUUAGCUCCGGUAGCUCGUCCCAGACCCCCUCCUCCACUCAGACGUAGUCCACCAAGGAGAGGAGGAGGACCAGGAUGGAGACGAUCACCUCCCCCAAGAUUCAGGGAUAGGAGAAGGUCACCACCCCCUAGGAGAAGAUCACCUAUUAGAUCCAGGUCUAGAUCCAGGUCCAGGUCUAAAUCACCAGCCAGACGUCGUAGAUACAGCCGAUCCAGCUCCAGCUCCUCUAGAUAAUCCAUCAAUGUAUCUUAGUCUUGUUCUACCAUUUUCAUACAUGUACGUCCCACGUGGGUUGAUUGUGGGCCAUUCUUCACCUGUUCACACCUAACAGCUACUUUGACCGGUUUCUGCAUUCAUUGCUUUGUUCUCCAUCUGCUCUCCUCAAUCAACAUUUAGAUAAUCAGUCAAUAUUUUUGUCUUUUUUAGCCAUUUUCAUACAUUUGUCUCACGUGGGUUGAGUGUAGAUUCUUUCUUAACUUUGUCUUCGUCUGAAAGUUAUCUGAAUUUUCUGUGCUGCAUUUGAUCCUUGAUCAACUUUUCAAAGUGUUGUGAUCGCUGAGCGAGUCUGCACUGAAAUUGACUAUCAUCAAUAUGAAAGGUGUAUACACAUAAGUUGAUCCAAACCAAAUGUGUACUUACGAAGAUGGCAGGAAAAUUCAGAACCAGAGUUGGAAAUAUGAUCAGUAUAGACAUGACUUUGUGUGGUAAUCAUAGAAACGAGUGCUGAUAACAACAUACAUAUAUGUCUUAAAAAGACACAGCACACAGUUGGGGUCUAGAUUGAGUGUAGUUUUUUGGUUGGCACUUAUCCAUCUUAAGCCGUAGGUAUGAAAGAUAAGCGAUGUACAUGCUUUUUUAGUUA